AUGCAUGUUUGUUCCAAAACUCAAGCUCCAUUCAGCAUUAACGCGCAGGAUUUUUCCAGAAUUAGUCCUUCUUUGGGCCCAACGAAGUUAUCAGGAAUUCGUGCACAAAUUGGACUGCGACAACACCGACAUUAUAUCUUUUCGAGCAGUCUGAGCAGCGAAAACGAUGCACUGAAACUGUUACAAAAGGAUAUCAGUCAGGCACUCGGUGAUCUGUUUCGGUCUGGAAUACGAACCGAUUACUCGAAACCCACCGGUACGUUCUAG